AUGGAGGAGCUUCUGGAAAAGGAAAGGAGGGCCAGGGUCAGGAAUGACUAUGAAGCACUUUUGAAGAUAUUUGAGGAUCUGAUGGGCCUUUGUAGAUCUGACGAGGAGCUUGCAGGGCUUGCGCGGGUUCUUACAAUAAAAAGAGGCCAAAACAGAAUGGCUAUCAAGUGGAUGAUCAGCCAGUUGUUUGAGAGGAAGAAGAAGGAGCAAGGUUUUGUUGGGUUUUUCUGCCUAAUUCUUCGAGAUGUGAUUGAGGGAAGGAUUUUUCUUGAGGAGGAAAGGAUAUACAUAACAAAAGAGCUUAAAGAAAGAUAUGAGUCAUCUGGGGACAUUAAGAGUGCGUUGGAUGUGAUCAUAAAUGUCCCUGUGGAGACAUUUACAAUGGUCAAGGAAAGUGUUGUGGUCAACUACCAAUUGGAGCAGCUGAGGCUCUGUGUUAAGAAUCAUGAUUGGAUAAGAGCUGAUAUAACCAUGAAGAAGAUCAGAAGGAAGUACUUUGAAGAGAGCGGCAAUGUAGAGGAGAAGACUAAGUUCUAUGAGCUCAUUGUGUUGCUUCAUCUUGGACAGAGAAAUUAUUUCAAUGCAUCUGAUGUAUACUAUGCUCUUAGCAAGCUUGGGAAAAACUCCACUGGCUAUGUCGUUCUAAGCUCAUUCUUUUGUAUCUUGACAACAUGCGAAACGGAGAUGGAGGAUGUAGUAUGUAAAAGGAUCGAUAUGCUGAAGAAGCUGAGUGAGGACAAGAAUAACGACGAGGUUGUCAGGUCUAUUGUAAAUAGAUUUCUGUCUAGAAUUGUUUUGGACAAGUCCAUGGCCAAUGAAAUUCAGCAAGCCUUUUCCUCUGUCUUGGAUGUCUCUGUCUACUUGAAUGAUCUUGUUUCUGCAAUAGAUGAGCACAACUUCAGAAUUGUCGAGAGAUUCUACUCAUCUAUCACGAUCCAAGAAAUCUCUCUGGUGAUGCAAAGCCCUGUAGAAGACAUUAUUAAGAAAAUUUCUUUUAUGGUCAAUAAUGGAUUUACAAGAUGUAAGAUCAACCAGAAAACAGAAAUUGUUGAGUUUGGAAAAAGGAAGUGGAACGAAAGCGUCGAUGAUGUGAUGAAUAAGUUGAUCAAGUGUAACCAUCUUAUACAUAAAGAGCGUCUAAAGUUCUCCAUUAAAAAAAGCUAA